AUGAAACCUGCCUGGGAGCUGCAAGGGGGUCUUUCCCAGCGGCUGCGCGGAAAGCUUGAAUCUGCGGCCAUAAUCGCCCUCGAAGUCGCCAGAUCCCCUCAAGCCCACCUCGACCGCGCCUGGGCAGCCUACCGCGCAUAUUUCUUUUCAGUUAUUUUUAUCUCCCUCGUCUUCUCCAAAGCCUUCCAUAUCUACGCCCAUCUCAAUGCCCUGACGGCCCUAUCCCUUCUCGCCUGGGGCCCCACCUUCUUUUUGCUGGAUAUCCUGCUCAUUCUGGGCGCGCGCAGCCUGGCCCGAUCAUACGAAUGGCGAACGACUCGGGAUAUAGCGGCUGUAUUUAUUGCGCUGUUCAGUUUAUACGCCUCGUCGAUGUUUUCCGCCAACCUCUCCUUUUACAUUCACAAGGGCGUGGAGAUCCACUGGCGCAUAUCGAGCGGCUUCCACAAGGGCAAGCCCUCCGCCAUAACUGUUCUGUCUGCCCUGUUCGUCGCUAUCCUUCUUGAGGCGUCGAUUUUGGUCGGCGCAUUCUACGCCACACCGUAUCUAUCGUGGGUCACCGCAGCUUUCCUGAGAGUCUGGGGUGCAGUGUUAUCCGCGACGUACCGCUACUUCCGUCGGAAUAAGCAGGUUCUGCCACACCCGGAUACCUACGAGCAAAUUGCAAUCGAUGACUAUGAAGUGGGUGAUGACGACAACGACUCCAUAUCGGGGCUAGAUGCACCUCAACACCCGCCUGUACAGAAAAGUCGGGCAUUGCUGAAGCCUAUCAUCGUUGUAUCGUGCAGCGCAAUCCUACUUCUUCUCCGGGUCAUUCGUCCCCACGAUAUGACUUACAGUUUUCUCUCCGGAUCUCUGCCUCUAGCCCCAUUUGGCGGCCUCAAGCUUGGGUCUUCUGAGCAAGGUAUCGCAUCGUUGCCGGGUGAUUUCACCUGGCUAGAAGGCAAAACUGCUCUAGAUUCCUUCCCGACAUUCGAUUGGUUACAUACGGGUGAUGCGGCAACUGCCUUCCCGAAUUGGUCUCCCUUCCACACAAGUCACUCCAACAACACCGCACCCAAGAACUAUACGUAUGAACACUACAAUCCGAUGAAAGAUCCUUUGCACAUUCCCAACCUCCAGAACGACAUUCUGGAGCCCAUUCGUGACGUGCUCCACAGCGGAGACAGAGCAAUCAGGCAGGACGUGUUUCCGUUCCGCUCCGACUCGUACAUCAUGGAGCACAUCAAAAACUCCUGGAACGGAAACAUCCCCGACGAGGUUAUGGAUAAACUCGCGAAUCUCACCCCCAUCGCCGAAAGGUUCACCGGAUUCGAGACUGGGUUCAAGGAGAACAAGGAUCGUCCAAAGCCAUACGGUGGCCUUAGCGCGAAAAAUGCUUACACAUCCGGUACUUACACCAUGAAGAGUAUCACAGGCACUAUGUGCGGUGUGAGCCCCAUGGCCGUUCAAGAUAAUCUUGAGUACCUGCACGAUAUUUACCAGCCUUGUCUGCCUCACAUAUUCCAUGCGUUGAGCCAACAAUCCAAUAUCACCAGUGACACUGACGAUUGGACGUCCUGGCCAUGGCAUUCUAAGUGGAUGCAGUCCCACUACGGCACCUGGGACCACCAGGAAGACCUUACUCCUGUUAUGGGAUUCAAAGAUAUCACGACAAAAGAAUCCAUCAAUGAAGCCGGUGCUAUAUACAUCCCAGAGGAACCAGAGGACGAGCAGAAAUAUGGUCAUCCGGAUCACACAUUGAAGAACUAUAUGCGGGAUGCAUUCGCCGAGGCUAAGAAGAACAACACUCGCCUCUUUAUCGGCCACCUAACUCACAAUACCCAUACUCCUUGGUUCAAGCCUGGCGACUACGAGGAAUACUUUGGGAAUGGCGCUGGGUGGAACGAUAAGUUGAACCGGUACCUAAAUACCAUCAAGUAUCAGGACGACUGGCUGGCCUCAAUCCUUGAGGUUCUCGACGAGGCUGGGGUCGCCGAUGAAACCCUGCUUGUCAUGGCAGGUGACCACGGUUUAUCUCUUCCAAAUGAUGGUGGUAUAACGGCCAACCAUGACCCCCACGUCGGCAGUUUCCACGUUCCGCUACUCUUCGCACAUCCUAAGCUACCAUCGGUCGAAAUCAGUAGCGCCGUCCUCUCGACUCAAAUUCUUCCUAGCCUCCUUGACAUUCUAAUCGAAACCUCUAACAUCAACGAAGAGUCGGCACAUAUAUUGAAGGACCUGCUUCCCUUAUACGAGGGCCAGUCGUUGCUACGCCCACUUAUCCCCGGGCAGGAUAAGAAGCAAGAGUGGCAUUUCUCCACGAUGAACCCUGGAGGAACGUGGGUCUCUAUGCGAGCAGCCGCGAAACCCUACCGGCUCGUCGUGCCGCUCAUCCAAGAUGCUCCAUGGCGUUUCACCGAUGUUGUUGCUGACCCAUUCGAGUUCGAUCCCGAGGAGGAUCUCAAUAUCGUGACUCUGUUUGAUAUUGUGCAGACACGACACGGGCCCGAAGCUGCAAGGUGGCUUAGCGAGGCCGCCCAUGUCUCCCAGUGGUGGAUUGCAGAGAAUCACCGACGCUGGAAGUAUAGUCCCGAUGAACCGAAGACAUCUUGA